CGCACGGGCAACACGGCCACGCCAGCACCGCCCGAGUCACCAUCCCGGCGCCGCACGCGCAGCAUUAACCCUGCCGGGCUGCGGCACUCGCACUGCACCGUGCGCCGCCCAACCGCACCGUGUCACUCCGCACUAGUGAAGUGGAGCCGCUGAGGGCGGCUGGCUGGGGCCUCGCAGCUCCGCGUGACACUCUAUUAUUUUGCGUUGCGUCCAUCGGCCGCGGCACGGCAAGGCGGCGCGGCCAGCGGGAUACAGAUCCUUCUCUCCGCCUCUCGCUUCCAACGCUCGCGACCGGCUCCGUUCCCGGCGGCCGAAGCGAGGCGCGAACCCCCUUUCUGUUCCGUGGCUCCCGAGAGAGCUCCUACGGACGGGCGAUGCGGGCGGAUCGCGCGAUGGGUGACGGGGGCGGCAGCAACCAGCACAACCAGCGGAUCGACCUGGGCGCGCCGCUCCGUUCGGCGCGCCUGGCCGACGCGCCGACGCCGCCGCAGUACAAGGCCGGCCUCGACUCCGGGCCGCUGCGGCACCCGGGCGCCGUGCCCUUCGCGUGGGAGCAGCGCCCGGGCCAGCCCAAGAGCGUCCGCACUCGCCGCGCGGCGCCGCCGACGCCCCCGCGGGAGACUUCCUCCUGGACGACGCGCCCCGGCGAGGAGAUUGGCGGCAGCAGCCCCUACCACGACGCGCUCGGGGAGCUCGAUCUCCAGGCGCUUCGUGGCGGCGCCGACCGAGGCUCCCGGACUGUCGUCGCCGCAUCGCGCAAGGUGGUGGUGGUGGUGGUGGAGGACGAGGCUGCGGUGGCGGCGGAACCGACCAAGGAGGUAGUGAAGAAGGACGAGGCGCUCCAGGUGGCUGCGGUGCUACGGAAGCAGCACGGCGAAGUGGAAGAUGAAGAGGACGAGGAGAGGUUCUCCGACGCGCUCGACACGCUCUCCCGCACCGAGUCCUUUGCCAUGAACUGCAGCGUCAGCGGCCUCAGCGGGGUUCCGGACCCCGGACAGGGCGCCGAGCCAGGCUCGCGGGGCUUCAUGAUGGACCGCUUCCUGCCGGCCGCGCAGGCUGUCGCCGUGGGCUCCCCGCAGUACACCUUUCGGAAGGCCGGCGCCGCUGUUGGCACCGGCAACGAUGGCCGCGAGCAUGCGCGUGCGGCUGCGGUGAAGGCAGGCGCGGGCAAUGGCGAGGAUCGGAUGAGGAGAGCGCCUGUCCAGCUCCCUUACCAGCACCUGCCGCCCAAUUACUUGUCCUGCGCCUAUCCAAGACACGAACAGCAUGAAGAGGAGGAUGAAGAGGACGACGAUGGCUAUGAUGUGCAUAGUACCCGGGGGUUUUCAGCCAAGGGUUGUGGUUUGCUCCCUAGCCUAUGUGUGAAAACUUCCUUGUUGCUCUUGAAUCCAAUGCCUGCAAUGAAGCGCGGCAAGAAAGUUAGAGGCUGGCAGUUACCAUGCAAAGGCAGGGGGCAAAUGGCGCAGAGUCCGCUUGCCCGGAGCUCGCAGAACAAGCACCUGGGAUGUGAUUCCAACGGGCAAUCCUGGGAGGGCGUGUAUAAGCAUAAGUUGGAGCAGAAGUAUCUUGGUCAAGGAGAGGAUGGUAGGAGCAAGCUGACAAGUGAGUCGAAUCAGCUUACUUUCUGGAGUGAUUCGCCGACUGGGGAUGGAUCUUCACCAUAUUAUCAUUCCAUAGCUGGUGGCAUGUCUCCUUAUCGCAGCUAUCCUGUUAUGUCACCAUCAAGUAAACCAAAUAGGUCGUCUGGAACAGGAGAUAUGGAUGAUAAGGCAAGUAGGAGCAAUGGUUCUGGUUCAUUCGGUAAAGACCAUGAUCGAACCUCAUUGGUUGGAUCAGAUCAUAGUAGCUUUAAGGGAUCAAGUUCCAUGAGCUCAGGACCAGAUGGAGUAGUGCAUGAAGAUUCAAUGGAUCACCAUGGAGAUACUGAUUCUGACACAUGCCACUUAGGUGUGCUGGUGGAUACAAAGGCAGCUUUGAAUGCAAAUAUAUAUGACUCUCAGCCUGGAAGGCAAAAGAUAGUUGGAAGGAACUCAAUUGUGAAAGAUCAAGUCAAUGAUCCACUGACUGAAAAGAUCUCUGAACGUAGCGAACCCACAUUUACAUUGGAUGGUGGAAGAGAUUUGCAGGAUGAUGCUAGUCAUGAGUUACCACAACAAUUGGAAGACAAUAAUGUUGCCAAAAAGGAAACCAUACCAUUGCAAUCUCUGCUCCCUUUACCUGUCCCAAAAUCACCUUCAGAGUCAUGGCUUUCUCGCACUUUGCCAUCUGUGACGAAUAAGCCACCUCUGCCAUCUUUUCUUGGAAUUCAAGUACAAUCAAAGAAACAAGCUCCCUGGGUGACAAUGCAACCAAAGGAGAAUGAUCAUAAACCUCCCAGGCCACGACAAAUAAGAUUCGCAGAUGUGGUAGAAAAACCAACUUCAUUGGAUUCGGAGAUAUGAACUCUUCUUGUAAACCAGUAUUUAUCCAUUCACGGUGUUGAUGCCUUGAAGGCUAUCAGGGUCAUCAUAUACUUCACCGGCAUUCAACAAGCUCCCCAGAUGUGCCUCCUCUUUUUACUGCUGUGGUCACUUUGAUGCAGCAGCUGGUUACCACUUACCAUGUUGCUGGACUAUGGUCAGUAUGUGUCUGGUAGGUGGUGGUUUAGGUUUGGUGUAAAUCUUAUAUUCAUACAGGAUGACUUCAGCUUUCUUCCUUACUGUCCAUAGUGAAAUCAUGUAAUAGUACUUCAUACCAAAUAAAGCUUUAGGUAUUGCAAUAUGUAAUGCAUCCCAAAGAAUAAAAUACCAAAACAGAUUAGGCUUCCAUUCCUGAUACAUUUUCUAUUCAUAACUGUACCACCUGGAUAUGUCAGUACUUGUGCUUGAUAGAAUCAUAGAACUGUAUCUAGUGCCAUAUUUUGUGUGUAAUCAGUUGUGUCUGACAGUAAGUUCAUUCAGCAUAUUGCAUAUCUAGUAAUUUUAUUUGCUACAUUGUUGUCGUUGGUUGACAUCGAGAUAGAAGAUUAUAUAGCAGCAGCAGCAGCAACGUUCCAACUGUAAAGGUUCUCCAGAAAGUGUUGCCGUGUGAUGAGCAGAAGAAUCUUAAGAAUUGACGCAUGACACAUGACCUCAACACUUGAUUAUCGGAUGAGGGUCAACUGCCGAAUGGAUUGUACUGCUGUUCAACUAGAACACUCCAACCUCACACAGAUAUUUUUCUUGUGCUCUGUAAACAUCAUAUCAGUUCUGUGGACAACUUAUCAAAAAAAGAAAAAAAGGUAAAGUGUAGACAUAAGACAUGUGCUAUACUGCUGGAGUUGGCAGCUUGAGUGGUUCUGGAGCUGGAGGUGGUCUUUGCUUUAGGUCUUUUGUGUCGUGUAGAAGUUCCUGGUUGGUUGUUUUUCAGCUGUCCGCUGUUAAGGUGUGUAGUUGAGUUAAUUGAUGGAUGUUUUCA